AACUUGAUCCUCCCAACAUCAUUAUGACGCAGUUGUUUGUGACCAUGGUGGUGGGGCUCCUGGCUAUGACCUGCCUCGCCAAGCCAGAUGAGCAUGGUGGUGGCAGCGGUGGCAAAGGUGGUGACCAUGGAAGUGGUGGCGGCGGGUAUGGUGGUGGCGGUGAAGGUGGCCAUGGAGGUGGUGGCGGAGGCGGGCAAGACGGCUCCAGAGGCAGCGGUGGCGAGUAUGGCAGCUACAGCGGCGGCGGUGGUGGGUAUGGCGGAUCCAGCGGCGGUGGUGGUGGGUAUGGUGGCUCCAGCGGCGGCGGUGGUGGGUAUGGCAGCUCCAGCGGCGGCGGUGCCACAUAUCUCCGAUUGCUUUCAACAGUCUACCAAAGUUUUCAACAAUGCGACUGA